AUGCCGGGGGAUUUUGGGGACAGCGGCGGAACCACCGCGGGCAGCGGCGGUCCCAAAGCGAAGAAGAGCAACGCGGGGAUCCGGCGGCCGGAGAAACCGCCUUAUUCCUACAUCGCCCUCAUCGUCAUGGCCAUCCAGAGCUCGCCCUCCAAGCGCCUGACCCUCAGCGAGAUCUACCAGUUUUUGCAGAGCCGCUUUCCUUUUUUCCGAGGCUCCUACCAAGGCUGGAAAAACUCGGUGCGCCACAACCUCUCGCUCAACGAGUGUUUCAUCAAGCUGCCCAAAGGGCUGGGACGCCCGGGGAAAGGCCACUACUGGACCAUCGACCCGGCCAGCGAGUUCAUGUUCGAGGAGGGCUCGUUUCGCCGCCGCCCCCGCGGUUUUAGGAGGAAAUGCCAAGCGCUGAAACCCAUGUACAGCAUGAUGAACGGGCUGGGUUUCAACCACCUCCCCGAAAGCUACGGCUUCCAGGGCUCGGCCGGCGGGCUCUCCUGCCCCCCCAACAGCCUUUCCCUCGAAGGGGGCUUGGGGAUGAUGAACGGGCAUUUAUCCGGCAACGUGGAGGGAAUGGGGCUGGCCGGACACUCCGUGCCCCAUCUGCCUUCCAACGGUGGGCACUCCUACAUGGGCAGCUGUACCGGCUCCUCGGCGGGGGAUUACCCGCACCACGAAAGCUCCGUGCCCGCCUCCCCGUUGCUCGCCGGCGGCGGCGUGAUGGAGCCCCACUCGGUUUAUUCCAGCUCGGCCUCGGCGUGGGCUCCCUCCGCUUCGGCGGCUUUGAACACCGGCUCGUCCUACAUCAAGCAGCAACCCCUCUCGCCUUGCAACCCCACGGGCAACCCGCUCUCCUCCGGCCUUUCCACGCAUUCCCUCGACCAACCCUACCUGCACCAGAACACCCACAACGCCGCCGAGCUGCAAGGCAUCCCGCGGUAUCACUCCCAGUCUCCGAGCAUGUGCGACAGAAAGGAAUUCGUCUUCUCUUUCAACGCCAUGGCCUCCUCCUCCAUGCAUUCAGCGGGCAGCGGCUCCUAUUACCACCAACAAGUGACAUACCAGGACAUCAAACCGUGCGUUAUGUGA